AUGGCCCGAGGCGUAUCCGGAUCCGAAUCUGCGCGCAGGCGUCAGUUCUCCAGCUGCGACUACUGCCGCAGAAAGCGUAUCGCAUGUGAUGCUUCUCAAUUACAAGGGCGCCAUCAUGCAUCUUCCAGUGGUUCCGACGCUGGCUCACCAUCGCCACAAGUUCAGUGCACAAAUUGUUCGAAGCGAGCCCUGCCAUGUACCUAUGAGUGGAUUCGGAACCGAGGAGGUACGAAUACAACGGCAGUAAGAGGUGUGAACAGGCCAAGGACUCGCCAGCUCUCUCGCCGCUUGGCAUCGGAUCGUCUUCAAACGGGAGCGACUGUGAUAGUCAAUAACUCAGAAUCUCCUGAAGAGAUACAGCAUCACGAAAUAGAGCCAGCUGGUACCGCAGAAAAUGAUGGUUAUACGCAACUCAUACCUAGUUCUGAGUUAUCCCAGCAAAUCGAGGCCGAAGCAUUACAUGACCGGCUAUGGACAGUCUUUACUCUCAUAUUCGAGCCUGUCCUCACUCUGUGGACCGGCCCUGACUGCAGUCCCUAUGUGGUGCCUGAUCAUAUGACUGGCCUCACAAUGCUGCAGCUAGUUGUGUCCCUUGACUGGGCAAAUUGUGCCUGCAGCACCGACCGCCAGAUACAGAUGACCCACCGUUGCCCAAGAGGCGAUCGCGCGAUUCAGUUAGCAUUGAUAUCAGCCGUGCACGCCUUCUCUUGCCGCUGGCUUCCAUUAGUGGCGGAUGAUACAAUUGAUACCCAACAGCUGCUUGUGCUCAGCACUCAUCUCUGGAACGACGCCAAGUCGAGAGUCAUGGCCGUCUUUGACAAGCUGAGCUACCAAACUGUUCUUGCUUUGUACCUAUUUGGUCUAACUCCUGUAUCUGGGGAGGCUUCCAUAGAUACCGAAAAUGCUCACUCGGCUGGCGAGGUUAGCAUCGAUAUGGCGCUUCGCCAAAUCCAUAGGCUAAGGGUAAAACGACGUGAUUUCCGAUUUUCUGGAACUGGCCUAUCGGUUGGUAAAAACGAUGGAGAAGGCCCGAAUGAUUACGCCUCCGUCAACGAAGAUUUCAUUCAUGCCGAAAAUAUGAUGUAUUGGGCCGGAGUAGUAUUCGAUACUUCUUCGUCAAUGACUAGAGGGUGCCCUUCUAUUCUCUGCAGUGGUGUGUUUGGCUUUGAGGGGGAGCCAGUAUUUUGCCUCAUGAAAGCUCGAGUUCAGCUAUUCCAUGAAAGCACAGAGACAUGGAGACAGAACGAAUUUGUUCCAACAAGCCAUGAUACACUAUAUAUUGUCCAUCGGGCAUCCACCUGGAAGGGAUAUGUGUGGAAACUCAUUGGAGUUCUGAGAGAAGCUAUGAACCAUGGCUACGGAGAGUCCGUCAUCGCCAGACUGCAAUUCCUCAUUGCGGAGGCCCUCAAUCGCUUUGAUAGGACCUUUAAACCACUUCUUGCAGCUUGCGAGAGGCAUAUUAUGUAUUUCAGUAAAGAUGCUCGACUAUGCUAUUACCUUCUGCAAUUGCACUAUCACAUGGGACUACUCCUUUUGUGUACCCUAGCUGCCUCUAUUGAACGGAUGGAUAUUGUUCCAAAUUUCGACGCGGUCCGUCGCGAGUCUGUCCACGUCAUCUUUAGCACCAUAAGUUUUGGUCUCAGCUGUCAGGUUGCCCUCGGCAAAAGCGAAACUCGGCGUAGCCGCAAACUCUACUCAUUGAUUAGCCUGGAUCCAUAUCCGCAUCAUAUUCUUGCGUCACUACAGCUUGCUGCCAAGGUUUUGCUAAUCUAUCUGAAGCGAGAUGAGAUAGCACAAGACGCGUUUGAUAGCUUUUGUCGAAUCGUGUUUGAUGCGCUUGAUGAAUUGCCUCAGUGUUUACAGUCAGUACAAAGAGUGAGGAAGCUUUUGCACGACUCUCUCAAUGAUACUAGCUCGGAUACACUACGUCGGCCGGCUAUGGGCCUUGCGAGACAACAGCGCCAGCAAAUAACCCGCAAUGAGCAUGAGAAUGGCAAUGAAUACAUACCUGGCGAGGAGUCUUACGGUGAUAUCACAGGCUCGGAUCAUUUAGGAUCUUUUGUUACCAAAAUCGACGAAGCAGGACAUCGCUGCCAAGCAAAGACACUCUUCGCCAGGCCUCCAAUAGUACUUGGUACAAAUUCUUAG